AAACCUUCCAAUCAUUUUUGACAGUUACCAAUCAGCCAACAGCUGGUUAGCUUAGUUUAGCACUGCAAGACUGGAGAAGGGGGCGCAGCUGAUUUUGUCCAAAGGUGUAGAGCUCAGUCCAGUCUGGAGAUGACGGCACGAGCUCCGCGCCUCUGCCUCCUCGCUCUCCUGCUGCUAAGAUGCGUCACCCCGCUGGCGAUCCCGCAGGACGGUUUGGGCGCGACGAAAAUGGCCAGGCAGAAGCUGGAUCGUCUCUUCUAUCUUAAGGAUAUCCCCAGACCAGCGGUGGCUCCUCAGAAGAAGGCUCCUCAGUUCAUGCUGGAUCUUUUUAACGUGGUUUCUGUCACGGAUGGGACCCCGAAAAGCCAGACGGACAUUCUGGAAGGAAACACGGUGCGGAGUUUCAGCGAUAAAGGACAACCUGGAGAGAGUUUUCACUUCUUCAACUUGUCAUCUUUCGGCAGAGAUGAGAGAAUGAUCAAAGCGCAGUUCCGCUGGUUCCGAAAGAAAAGGAAGUUUUAUCCCGGAAGCUUUCACACGCCUCAUUUCUACAAAGUGGCUCUGUAUGAGGUGCUGGAGAACCUUGUGAAGCCGUGGCGAGGAAACCUCAUCACCUCCAGAUUGGUUCCACUAUACACACAAGGAUGGGAAGUCUUCAAUGUCACUCAAAUAGUAUCCAAGUGGAUCCAGAACAGUCAGGAGGACAACGGCAUCCUGGUGGUGACUACACUUUCUUCCGGUAACUGGCUGGAGUCGGUGUUGCAUUCAUCUAAACAGAAUGUAGAGCUGACAGACACAAGCGCCUACCUGGUCAUAUUCUCACACGACAAACAGACAGGAGCAUCAAACCAGUCAUACUUUGGACAAGCCCAACCUGAACCGGCUGCCCCCGAGCACCGCAGCAGAAGGCCUCGUGCAUCUUCCAGUGUCAUGCCCCUCGACAGCUCCCAGCACUGCCAGCGCAUUUCUCUGUUUGUUGACUUCGAGGAGAUCGGCUGGUCGGGCUGGAUCAUCUCUCCCCGUGGAUACAAUGCCUAUCACUGUACGGGCUCCUGUCCGUUCCCGCUGGGGGUAGGCAUCAGGGCGACCAACCACGCCACAGUGCGUUCUAUCAUGCACGCACUCAAGGUUACUAGCGAUGAGGUGGAAGCGCCCUGCUGCGUGCCGGACACGCUCCAGUCUAUGAGUCUGUUGUAUUUUGACGAUGAGGAGAAUGUGGUUUUAAAGCAGUAUGACGACAUGAUGGCGUUAAGCUGUGGUUGUCAUUAGCUGCCUGUGAGUCUCCUGGAUUCUUUAACACUGGUCAACACAUGGGCAUGAAACAGUGAGGGUUAAGUUCCUGUGUUUUUGAUGGUAUUCACUGAGGUACUGAAAGAGCUAUUUCAUAGCUACUCGUCGCUAAUCCUUUGACGAUGCAAGUCCAAUGGCCUGUUGUUGUUCUCCAUUUUUUUAAAAUAUUGUUUAUAUAGUUUCAAUUGUGGCCCAAAGGCCCACUUCAGGUUCUUCUUCUGGAGUGUAAUUUGAAUGUUUCUGUGACACUGAUAUGUCCAUGGUGCUGAGCCAGCCCAUGUGGUCCGUCCUACAAAAUCAUUACUUUUUAUUUGGAAUUAAAUUUUUAUUGUCUCUCAGCGGACUGUGGUAGCUGCCACUAAAAUGCUCAAAAAUUACAAUUAAAGGUGAUGUUUUCAAGUAUUCAUUGUUUUAGUUCAGGAGCACAUCAAAUUAAAACUAUUUUUACAUUUAAGCAAAGAACUACUCCAACAUUU